AUGACUCGCGCGACGACGUCCGUCGUGACGCGCGCGCGCGCGCGUCGGCACUUCGUACGUGACCGCUCGCGUCAUCACGUCGUCGCCGCGAGCGCGUUCGCGUCCAAGAAACGCGCGGUGGAGCUUCUCUUUGCGCGCGAGCUCACUUCUGGCGCCACGAUGCUCGUCGAACACGCGCCGCCGAGAACGAGUGCGUUCCGAUCGCGCGUCGCGUUUGGGAUCAUUCGCGAUGAUUUGGAUGGUACGCCCCGUUUGGCGCGGAUAUCCGAGCGCGGGGACGCGGAAGAGGACGAGCUCGCGCUCGAUGGCGUCCCGGGCGUGCGGGACGGCGCUUCCGCGUUUGCGGAAAUCUUAAGGCUCGACGGUGGCCCGUGGGCGAGCGUACGAGAGAGUAUACGCGCGGUGAACGUGUUGUCGAUCCGGGACGGGACGGAGAUUGUGCUCGCGUCGACGCACGCGAGGGAGACGUUGGAUGAGGACGAGUGGCGGACGUUUGCGGAGACGGUUAGAGCGCGAGACGAGCGCGUGGUCGGCGUCGUGUGUAAGCGGAAGAAGAUGCCGAACGCCUUGGUCGGGGAUAGAGAUUACGUCGUGGAGAAGAUGGGGCUUCCGAACGAGCGAACUGUUCGAUUGAUCCAUCGAGAGGGUUCAUUUAGUAAUCCGAACGGCGACGUCGCUGAACAGACGGCGAUACAUCUGUGCGAUUAUUUCGACGCGUUGACGCGCUCGAGCGAGGACGAAGAAUACACAUUCGUGGAGCUCUAUGCGGGGUGUGGGAAUCACACGGUAUGCGUGGCGCCAUACUUUGCGAAACGCGGCGCGUAUGCAGUGGAGGUCGACGCCAACCUCGUCGAGGCGGCGCGCGAGAAUUUCGCCCUCAACGGUCUGAGCGAGAACUUCGCCCGAGUCGUGUGUAUGCCCGCAGAAGAGUGGGUACGCUCGGAAGAUGCUCGCGCGAUCUCGGGCGAGGCUGGGCGCGUCGCGCUGCUCGUUGAUCCUCCGCGCGCGGGCUUGGAUGCGCGGACGUUGGAUUUCGUCACCGCCAGCGCAUUCGACGUCGUCGUGUACGUCGCGUGCGAUCACUCGAGCUUACGACGCGACGUGGACGACCCCGAACACGGGUUCGAGGCUCGCGGGUACGAGAUGCGAACGCUCGCGGUUUUCGACCACGCGCCAACGAGCGCGCGUUGGAUCGAAGUCGUUGCGACGUUCCACCGAAAGUCGAGCGCGAACGCGAGCGACAUCUAG